UCCCUUUUUCUAAACCAUUUACGAGAAAAAAAAGGAAGUGGAAUGGCUUCGAUGAGGAUACCGAACGGAGAUGGAGAGGAUUAUUUUGAAGCCGAGGAGAACGACUAUGGCGUGAUAAACGUGAUAACCGCCACCGGUAAAACCAUCUCUCUUCAAGUCAAAGGUUUAGACACCAUUAGCAGUAUUAAACUCAAGAUUGAGGCUCAGGAAGAUAUUCCAUGCCGCCAGCAGAAACUGAUCUUCGAUGAAAAGCUUCUUCAGGACAACGAUAUUCUUGGGAACUUCUGCAUCAAGAAAGGAUCCACUCUCAAACUUAUGCGCAACUCAAAGGGCUUCAUGAAUAUAUUCAUCAAGAUCCCCGCGUUCGGCCUCUGGCUAAGGCCAAGGACUUUGUCUCUUGAAGUGGAACCCUCAGACACCAUCGGCAGUGUGAAAGCCAAGAUGGAAUGUGUUGUGGACGUGCUGAUCUUUAAUGAAAUUGUCCUCAACGAUACAGACACACUUGCGGACUUAAACAUUAUCAACGGAUCCACGCUAACAAGCAUGUUUAAAUUCGUGAUUUACAUGGAAAUUUUUGUGAGUUUUAACUCUGGAAAGACCAUCACUUUGUUAGUCAACCCUACAUACACCAUCAACAAAGUGAAAUCUAUCAUUGAGCGUGAGGAAGGUGUUCCUGUUGACGAGCAGGUGUUGAUCUUCAACAAAGUGGUUCUUCGGGAUAGUGGGACCCUUUCCGACUUCCACAUCAACAGGAAAUCCACCUCACGCUUAUGCGUAGAUCAAGGAAAUCAAAGGAACCCAUGA